AUGAAAGAAAAGUAAAUAUUAUAAAUUUAGAAUUCAUAAGCAUCAUUUAUUGAAUGCAUUAAUUACAAUAAUUAAAACUACUUAUUUUUUUAUGAUUAAUAUUUGAAAAUCAAUAAAUAUCUUGUCUUAGAACAAUAAAAAUUUUGUGAUUGUUAAAUUUUCAAGAAUUUUUCUUAUUUAGAUAAUACUAUUUAAGUAAUCAAAUGUUAUAAUUAAAUUGAAAGGAAAUGGAAACACUCAAUUAAGCAUUUUUAAGGAUUUAUCAAUCAUAGAAAUAUUAAAAAUUUUCAUUUAAAAAAAAUUUAAACUUCAAUAAAUCAGAGCAUCAAGAAUGAACCGUUUAUAUUAUACAUUAAUAUCAAAUUCAAAUAAAUUGAUAAGAAGGAUCUCUUCUUAAGAUUAAUUUAUUAGGGAUAUUUAUUUUAAAUCUCUAGAUGA